AUGGUGCGAGCCGAUAUCCAGAGCUGCCUUUGUGAAGGUGCGCAGGAAUGGCACAAUCCGGAGUUGUCCGAUCUGGAACGAAUAGCACUUCGCACGUAUCAGCUUGAAGAUGAAGAUCGCUGGAUUAUGGCGUCGGAGAACUGCUUCAAACAACUCGCAUCGACUGCACUGAACCAGUUGCUCGGCAUGGAGUACGGAUGGAACGACGUGAGUAACACAAAGUCUCAUACGGCGUGGACCUAA